CUUUCGGCCAUAACCGGUGAUACUGUUUCCCGUUACCGUGCCUUUCUAUAACCUAACCUCGCCGUCGCCGGAAGUGCUGAAGAACCCUAACCCUGUUUAGUAGAAAGCUUUGUUGUCAAGAGUUCUAGUAAUCUUCCUUUUGCGGAGUUCGUCUGGUGCGAGUUUUCAGACAAAAACCCCAUUUUGUUGUUGGUUGUUAUUUGAGAAGCAGAACAAGCAACCAUCUUAAGAAAGAGAACGCUGGUGUCUGUUUUCAUAAUGAGUAAAGCAAACAAUGAAGAUCAAAGGAAACGGGCACUUGAUGCCAUAAGUCGAAGAUCACUUGCCCUUGAAGAGGCUGAGGAUCGUCAGCAACAGCAACAGCAAAAGAAAACAAAGAGAGCAGAUGAAGGAAACAAAAUACAUUCUUCUGUCGAUUCUUCUACAGAGAAGACCAAACCCUUUCCCAACAUCUCAUCCAAGAAAGGAAACAUUGCCUUUUCGGGUCAUUAUGCAAUGCAAGAUGCUGAAUUGGGUGGUUCAACUUAUCUUCAACUCUCUCAUUCAGUUCAUGAGAAUUUGCUAAAUGCAAGUACCAAGACAUCUGGUGAAAGAGGAGGAGGAACCAUAGUGAGUGACAUUUUACAUGAUCUUUUCCAAAAGGGUGAUUCUGCUCACAAGUAUAUGCACGGUUCCAAAAGCAUGAAAAUCGAUAGCUAUAUCCUUCUUGAUAACGUGGUACAUGGUGGUGGAAAGAGAUCUCUUACCGCUCCAAUUAGACAAUUGAAAAAUCGUUCUAAGCUCUCUAAGAAGAUUAUUACGUCCAUUAAGCAACACAAGAAGUGUGGAACACAUGAUUUGCCACCAGAACUUCACAAAUAUGAUAUUUUCAAACCAAUGCAUGAAAUGUGGAUGGGGUACAUGAUGCAACUCCUAAAAAAUGUUGGGAAAAAUCAAUUGCCACAAUGCCUUCUUACAGCUGAUUUGCACGGUGCAAUCCUUCUAGUUGUACAGUGUAAAAUAACUCCCUUCAUUGGAGUAAGUGGUAUAAUGAUUCGUGAAACUGCAGAAACAUUUGGAAUAAUUACAGAAGAGAAUAAUAAAUUCCGAGUUGUGCCCAAGAAACAUUCGGUUUUUGUCCUCCAAUUAGAUUGCUGGAAGAUUACACUUGUUGGCGAUCAGCUAACUUCAAGAACUAUUUAAGCGCGAUGAAUAUUUAGAAAAGAGGAUCAACCCCUUGUAAUUUAUUUAUUUUUCUCAAAGACAAAUGAUUCUUAAACAAUAUUAUUUCAAAAGUUAGUCCUGA